AUGUCGAUAGUCCCUGAACAAGCAACAAAAGCAAGUGGCGACUGGUCACAAUUACUACGAGAAAAAGUAGUUUUUGUUACCGGCGCUGGUGGAGCGAUAGGUUCAGCUAUUGCACAAACUUGUGCAUUACACGGAGCACAUGUUGUAGUUGCAGAUGUGAAGAAAGAAGCAGCAGAUAAAACAGUUGCAAAGUUUCUUGAAGAACAUGUUGAUAUGAAGGAUAAUGUAAUAAGUAUUGAACUGGAUGUAACAAAUGAGGAAAGUAUACAGAAUGCGGUGAAACAUGUCGUCGAGAAAUGGAAAACAAUCGAUGUUUUGAUUAAUAAUGCUGCAAUAUUCACAUUCGGUGCAGUUGAAGAUGUAUCAGCUGAUGCUUGGACACAAAUAUUAAAUGUCAACGUCCGUGGUUAUGCUCUAAUGGCCAAAGCAGUUGUUCCAUAUAUGAAAAAACAACGAUCAGGUUCGAUUAUUCAAACCGCUAGUAUUAGUAGUUGGGUUGCUCAGCCAGAAUUUGUACCGUACAGUACAACCAAAGGAGCUAUUCUACAAAUGACACGCAAUUUAGCACUUGAUCUAGGUCCGUUCAAUAUUCGAUGUAAUGCAAUAUGUCCUGGUGCGACACUAACACCAGCUUCAGCAAAUCAUGCUGCUCAUUUGAAUAUACCAUUGGAACAACUAAUUGACGAACAAGCGCAAAAGCAGUGUCUCAAACGAUGGGCUUCAACACAAGAGAUCGCUAAUUUUACUGUGUUUUUGGCUUCGGAUUUGUGCCAUUUUGCCACGGGUGCUAGUUUUUUAGUCGAUGGCGGGUUUACGACAAUCUGA